UUUAGUUUAAUGCGUGGUUGUAUCAGAUGAAGAUUAUAAACUCGAAUGAGAAUGAUUAGUGCCGAUAAAAUUCGUCGUUAAACGCGCAUGUCAUUUUAUUUGUAUUAUUACUAAUAUUAUUAUUAUUAUUAUUAUUGUUAUUAUAUCAUUAUUAUUCAAAGCGUUACUCGUUGUCAUAUGAAUAUAAUGUUUCAAAUCUAUCGCGAGCGUACAUAAUAUACGUGCAUUUCUCGCCGUGUUAAUUGCGUUGAUUGUUUGAGUACAAAAAAUAUACACAUUUUUUAAUACAUUUAUGGCUCUGGGCGCUUUCGAUUAUGUUGUGCUUACGGUCACGUUGCUCGCGUCCGCCGCGAUCGGAGUGUAUUACCGGCUCACUGGUGGCAAACAGCAAACGACACAGGAAUACAUGCUGGGAGACAAGAAACUGUCCAUUAUACCUGUGGGGUUUUCGUUAAUGGCCAGUUUCAUGUGUGCUACAGCCAUGUUCGGGUUGAGCGCCGAAAACUACCUGAGAGGAACACAAUUUAUGGUCAUUAAUGCAUCCAACAUUAUCGGCACACCUAUUGUCGCCUAUGUUUUCCUGCCAGUAUUCUAUAAACUCGGAUAUCUAUCCGUCUACCAGUAUUUGGAAGAGCGUUUCGGCAAGUCGACCAGAAUCGUCGCGUCCGUGGCGUUUAGCGUCCAAACGGUGCUGCGAACUGCACUGGUGCUGUACGCGGCCUCGCUGGCCCUGAACGCGAUCGCUGGCUUUUCUCAGACAGCGUCCAUGACGGUUGUCGGCAUUUUGUGCACGUUUUACUCGACCGUGGGCGGGAUAAAAGCCGUAAUCGUCACCGAUUUGUUUCAGUCCUUGCUCAUGUUUGGGUCUGUUUUCACCGUCAUUGCUGUGGCAGCGGUUGAUGUUGGCGGACUGUCAGAGAUCUGGAGGAUCGCUUACGAUUACGGUCGCGUAGAACUGUUCAACUUUCAGAUCGACCCGACGGUCAGGCAUAGCUGGUGGUCUCUGAUGCUGGGUGGAAUGUUCACGUACGUCUCGGUGUACGGUGUCAACCAGGUGCAGGUGCAACGUUACCUGACCAUGAAGGACUACGGUACCGCGGUUAGGACUCUGUGGUUCUCUUGGCCAAUCACCGCGUUCCUGUCGCUAUCGAUGUGCUUCGCGGGCCUGGCCAUAUUCUCCAAAUACCGGGACUGUGACCCGAUCAAGGAGGGCAGAAUAAAUAGCGGCGAUCAGCUGAUGGCUCUGUUCGUGAUGGACACGAUGACCCACGUACCUGGAUUAACCGGCCUGUUUUUGGCGGGUGUAUGCUCAUCGGCACUGUGCUCCGUAUCCGCAGCCCUCAAUUCACUGGCUGCCGUCACACUCGAGGACUACGUCACACCACUGACCAACGUCGACAUACCCGAUGAGAAACGAGUGCUGUGGCUCAAAGUCCUUGUCGUCGUCUACGGGAUACUAUCGAUAGCGUUAGCGUUUUGUGCGAGUUUCGUGGGACCGCUGCUGCAGGCAUCGAUGGUGAUUUUGGGAAUCAUUGGAGGACCUAUGUUGGCGGUGUUCACUCUAGGCAUACUCGUACCGUACGCAAACCAAAAGGGCGCUUUGGUGGGUCUGAUCGCGGGCCUCGUGUUUUCGUUCGUCCUGGGACUUGGAGGACCCAAACCGCCGGUGCAAGAUUUGCCCACGUACACCAACGGGUGUUUGCCGGACUCGUUUCGUGACUUGCACGUAAACGCUUCGUCUACCGCCACCCAACUACUGACUACCGCAGCCACACCGGAGGCUCACGAAGACAAUUACAUGUAUUUGUAUAAGAUAAGUUACAUGUAUUAUAUAGUCAUCGGUUUCGCAACCACUGUAUUAGUGACGUUGGUGGCAAGCUUGUUCUUCGAAUCGAAUGUAAAUACUCUUGAUCCGAAACUACUUUUCUCGGCUAAUCCAAAUGGUGCAGAAACACAAGUUGAAACGAGACAAAAAAGACAUUCAACCGUCUCGAAAACUGUCACGUUUUCCAUUAAUUCGUGAAAAAAUAUCAUUGUUUGUUAUUAUUAUUAUACAUUUCUAACUAAUAUUAAUAGUUUAAUUUAUAAUACAAUAAUGAUAAGUAUUUUUGUUCAACUUUAUCAUUUUAACCAGAAAGUGAAUUAACUAUUUAUAUGUUUGUUGAGUAUA